CCCCCCCCCCCCCCCCCCCCCCCCCCCACCCCCCCCCCCCCCCCCCCCCCCCCCCCCCCCCCCCCCCCCCCCACCCCCCCCCCCCCCCCCCCCCCCCCCCCCCCCCCCCCCCCCCCCCCCCCCCCCCCCCCCCCCCCCCCCCCCCCCCCCCCACCCCCCCCCCCCCCCCCCCCCCCCCCCCCCCCCCCCCCCCCCCCCCCACCCCCCCCCCCCCCCCCCCCCCCCCCCCCCCCCCCCCCCCCCCCCCCACCCCCCCCCCCCCCCCCCCCCCCCCCCCCCCCCCCCCCCCCCCCCCCCCCCCCCCCCCCCCCCCCCCCCCCCCCCCCCCCCCCCCCCCCCCCCCCCCCCCCCCCCCCCCCCCCCCCCCCCCCCCCCCCCCCCCCCCCCCCCCCCCCCCCCCCCCCCCCCCCCCCCCCCCCCCCCCCCCCCCCCCCCCCCCCCCCCCCCCCCCCCCCCCCCCCCCCCCCCCCCCCCCCCCCCCCCCCCCCCCCCCCCCCCCCCCCACCCCCCCCCCCCCCCCCCCCACCCCCCCCCCCCCCCCCCCCCCCCCCCCCCCCCCCCCCCCCCCCCCCCCCCCCCCCCCCCCCCCCCCCCCCCCCCCCCCCCCCACCCCCCCCCCCCCCCCCCCCCCCCCCCCCCCCACCCCCCCCCCCCCCCCCCCCCCCCCCCCCACCCCCCCCCCCCCCCCCCCCCCCCCCCCCCCCCCCCCCCCCCCCCCCCCACCCCCCCCCCCCCCCCCCCACCCCCCCCCCCCCCCCCCCCCCCCCCCCCCCCCCCCCCCCCCCCCCCCCCCCCCCCCCCCCCCCCCCACCCCCCCCCCCCCCCCCCCCCCCCCCCCCCCCCCCCCCCCCCCCCCCCCCCCCCCCCCCCACCCCCCCCCCCCCCCCCCCCCCCCCACCCCCCCCCCCCCCCCCCCCCCCCCCCCCCCCCCCCCCCCCCCCCCCCCCCCCCCCCCCCCCCCCCCCCCCCCCCCCCCCCCCCCCCCCCCCCCCCCCCCCCCCCCCACCCCCCCCCCCCCCCCCCCCCCCCCCCCCCCCCCCCCCCCCCCCCCCCCCCCCCCCCCCCCCCCCCCCCCCCCCCCCCCCCCCCCCCCCCCGCCCCCCCCCCCCCCCCCCCCCCCCCCCCCCCCCCCCCCCCCCCCCCCCCCCCCCCCCACCCCCCCCCCCCCCCCCCCCCCCCCCCCCCCCUCCCCCCCCCCCCCCCCCCCCCCCCCCCCCCCCCCCCCCCCCCCCCCCACCCCCCCCCCCCCCCCCCCCCCCCCCCCCCCCCCCCCCCACCCCCCCCCCCCCCCCCCCCCCCCCCCCCCCACCCCCCCCCCCCCCCCCCCCCCACCCCCCCCCCCCCCCCCCCCCCCCCCCCCCCCCCCCACCCCCCCCCCCCCCCCCCCCCCCCCCCCCCCCCCCCCCCCCCCCCCCCCCCCCCCCCCCCCCCCCCCCCCCCCCCCCCCCCCCCCCCCCCCCCCCCCCCCCCCCCCCCCACCCCCCCCCCCCCCCCCCCAUUGAUGGUAUCAGGAAAAUCGCGGAGCUUCGCGAGAACAACGCGGAGCUUUGCACACUUGGAUGA